AAGAAAAGGGCAAAUGAAAUAAAAGGAUCAUGGCAUUAUUAGACAGCGUGAUUCACCAUCCUGUAACUGUACACCGCGCACCCCUGAGCACCGAAUCAGCGCGGAUUAUACACAGAGGCAGCACGCUGGGCUUCAGGACGAAAUGAAGCGCUUUGCUUGUAUUACUGAGCGCCUGGCGAGUCGUAUCUUUUGCGGUAGACAAUGACGCGAGUGAUUUUUUGAUUUCUUCUUUAUAAUUUGUUACACCGGUACCAUGUAAUGCAGUAGCUAUAUUAUUACUAUAGCGUUACACAGGCGGACUGGGGGUAACGAUACCGCAUCAUGAAAAAAGAAAACGGAAACAUCAUCAUAAUGAUAUUCUUGGUAUGCGGGGGAUCGUCUCUAACUGUUCGCAGUAAUCGCUGAAUGACUGUGCUGUGCGGUUCUCAUCAGGGUAUAUACGUGGGGCGCCGUGGCUAGUGGUCAUGCCGAGGUGAUCGCUGUUUAGUGCUGAGGUGUAAUCUUUUUUUUUGCAGAACGAGUACCUUAGGCAGUUCUUAUGCAUCUUGCUUUAUUAAGCUGAGUUGUCAAAAACUGAUGACUGCUUUCUUUUUUAAAACAAGAAUAAGCUUUCAUCCACAUCGUUUUAUCUGUAAAUCUCGCGUUUGGGACUUAAGAAUCUUAAAUGCCCUGUAAUGAAAAUCGCACAGUCAAUUAUGCUCGCACUCGUUUUUUAGGGAGAAAUAUCCUAGAUUCUGAAGGCUGCCCGGGUUGUUUCUGGGGGGUGUGCGGGAUAUGGAUGCUACCUGCAUGACCCCUCGCCUGCUUUCGCGUUCUGGUGCCGAGUUCGCCCUAAAUAGACCGAGGAUGGUUCAGAAGGAGUGCCUAGCGUCACCCCCGCUGCCUGCAUCCUCGUCUCCCAGGGGAGAGACGGCCGCGGAGACCAGGAAGGUGCCCGUGAAAAAGCACCACCACAACCACAACCUGAAACACCGCUACGAUCUGCUGGAGACGCUGGGCAAGGGCACGUACGGGAAAGUGAAGAAAGGGAUCGAGAGGUUCUCGGGGAGAGUGGUGGCAAUCAAGUUGAUCCGGAAGGACAAAAUCAAGGAUGAGCAGGACAUGGUGCACAUCAGGAGGGAGAUUGAGAUCAUGUCCUCGCUGCGGCACCCGCACAUCAUCAGCAUCUACGAAGUGUUCGAGAACAAAGACAAGAUUGUGAUCGUGAUGGAGUACGCCAGUAAGGGAGAGCUCUACGAUUACAUCAGCGAGCGCAGGAGCCUGAGUGAGAGGGAGACGCGCCACUUCUUCAGGCAGAUUGUCUCCGCUGUCCACUACUGCCAUAAGAAUGGAGUGGUUCACAGGGAUCUGAAACUGGAAAAUGUACUUCUGGAUGAAAACUGUAACAUUAAGAUCGCAGAUUUCGGCCUCUCCAAUCUCUACCACAAGGACCGGCUCCUGCAGACGUUCUGCGGCAGCCCCCUCUACGCCUCCCCGGAGAUCGUCAAUGGCCGGCCCUACCGCGGGCCCGAGGUGGACAGCUGGGCCCUGGGCGUGCUUCUGUACACACUGGUCUACGGCACCAUGCCUUUUGACGGCGGCGACCACAAGAACCUCAUCCGGCAGAUCAGCAGCGGGGAGUACCGUGAGCCCACGCAGUCAUCAGAUGCGCGUGGUCUGAUCCGAUGGAUGCUGAUGGUGAACCCGGAUAGGAGGGCCACGGUGGAGGAUAUCGCCAACCACUGGUGGGUGAACUGGGGCUGCAGUCGCAGCGUGUGCGACUGCGAUUCCCUGCGGGAGGCUGGCUCCCCGCUGCUGGCACGCUUCAUCGACUGGCAGCACCGCUCCUCCGGCCUGCAGCCCGAGCUCGAGAACAAGCCGGGCAAACCACUCACGGCCGCCCGCCAGCGCUCUGUGCGCAAGUCCAAGAAGGAGAAUGACAUGGCUCGCUCUCUGGACGAUGAGGACAAGCCGGGCCUGAAGAGACCCAAAGGCAUCCUGAAGACCAGGACCCCCGGAGAGCAGAGCUCCCACAGCACCGGAGCCACGGAGGCUGCCGUUUCCUGUCAGGAACUCGACUCCAGCUCGACUCUGGAGCAGGACAAAGCCAGCGGGGCCUCGCCGCCGAAGAUGGCGGCUGGGAAAUCGACCACCAUGCCCAAAAAGGGCAUCCUCAAAAAGACCCAGCAGCAGCGGGAGUCGGGGUAUUACUCCUCCCCCGAAGGCAGCGAGUCCUCUGAGCAGCUAGGGGGUGGCGGAGAGUCCCCCCGAACUAACUCUGCCGCCAAGAGAGCUCUGGGGAGGAAAGGGAUUCUGAAGCGGAACGGGAAAUACUCCACCACCGGCACCCUGCCAGCCAUGGCUGGAGCGGGAGAGUCCUCUGCUGAAGGCCCUAGCUCUCCCGGGCUGUCCCGGAGCUUGAGUCGCCCCUCCAGCGUGGUGAGCGACGACAGCAUCCUGUCCAACGAGUCCUUCGACCUGCUGGACUGGCCUGCCGGCGUGGGCUCUGGAGCAGGGGGGGGGAGGGCCAGGAUCAGGAGCUGCGUCUCAGCAGAUAACCUGCUCCAGGUGGGGGAUUUUGGGCGACUCCAGGCCGCACCGCAGCAGCACAGGGGGAAGUUCUACCGGGGCGGCCGGCAGCUGGAGGGGGACAGCGGCAGCUUCUCCUUGCUGGUGGACAUGGACGACAUGACUCAGGUCUACCAGCAAGCGCUGGAGAUCACUGGCAAUCUGACCUAGCCAUGCAGCCGAGCACCUGGGUGGGCUGAGGGGGUAGAAUGACGACCGGUAGAUAGCUGGGAUUUUCUUCGUUUCGUAGCGCAUCGAGCCAGUGUUUCAUCUGCAACUCACAGUUUGAAAUCUGUUCUGAAGGUUGCAGGUUGAAACUACAACUGUGACCAAAAGUUUUGCAUCACCCUAGAAUGUUAAGAUUGAGACUGAAUUAAAAGAAAAAACUAUAUGAACAUACUUUCUGUUCAUAAUACAGUUCUGUAGGGUGAUGCAAAACUUUUGGCCAUAGCUGUACAGAAGCGACAUAGUUAUUAUUAAACCGCUAAAGAUGAAAAGGGUGCUUUUUUGGUUUUCUGUUUAAACAGGAAAAACAAAUGGUUGACUCCACAGAAACACGUGAUUGCAACCAAGGGUACUAGCGAAUUAAAACAGUAGGGAGUAGUUUCUAUUAUACUAUUCCUCUGUCAUUCCUUCCAUGUCCCAUUUAAAAGUUACUAGGGAAUGACAAUGAAGCAGUGAGUAGUUGAAGAGAGGCUUUUACUUUCUGUAAAGAGAGCAGGAGAAAGGGAUAUGAAGAAAGCAGGGAAGAAAGGGGAGAUUAGGAAGUCAGCCAAAAAGUUUGGAUCAGUUGGGGGCUGAAGUCUUCUGACCAGGGAGAUGGAUGAGAAGUGGCUGAGACCCCCCCGCCCCCGGCUCCUAAUCUGUAGAUGUCAUGUUGGAAUCUGGGUCAGGUCAGGGAUCACAUGACUUCGCUGGUUGGGAACCCCAGCCAGCAUUAGUGUGCUGCUGGUCUAGACAGCUCUUUCCUUGAUGAAUGUCAUUUAAAACCGUGUAAUCUAAGUGCUGUAACACUGCAACCUUGAAUUCCACGUGUGUGGCUUUUGUGCUGUCGGAGGCAUUUGUGUUCCUCCCUCCCGUCUGGCUGUCUGCUCUCUCAAUAUGUAUCACCUUGCAGAGCAAGACAUGCUUCAGAAACAGCAGGGCGGAGACUCUGUGGCCUGGACUGGACAGCAUAGAUGAGUCCUUUACAUCAGAGUGUAAUAGAUAAAAAGAUAGGAAAGCUGGGGAUUGAAUUAGAGUUAGCUGCUUAGUAGAAGGGUUGUGGAUAUGUUGAAGGAAAACUGCUGUCUUAUCUGGGAGAGGGCAUGAGGACUCUUCUUACUCACCACUAUUUAUCUUUUAUCCCUCUUCCCUCGCUGCUUAUAUACCCAUUGCAUGUAUACAACCCCUUCCACUAUUACACAGCUCCUCCUAUUCUUGCAUUCAGCGAAUUGCCUUUCCCACUCAUUCAUAACUCAACCCAUGCAUAUACUGACAUAGCCCCUCCCCCUGUACAUAGCCCCUCCCCUUUGCAUAACCCCUCCCACACACGCGUGACAUACUCUUGCCAUGCCUCUUCCGUUCCCCCGAGUGCCUCUCCCGCUGCAGGCGAGGUUGUUGGAGGAGAGUUGUGGAGCAGACAGGAUUGAGUAAUGUAGUAAAGUAUGGAGCAGAGCAGUGAUAUGGUAGAAGGAUUGAGCAGGUAUGCAGUAGGUUUGUUGUUGUGUUAGUGAAGAAGCAGAGCUACCAAAGAAAAGCUACUAAGUCCUGUAGAUGGAGGACUGUAUUACCAAAGUCAGGCAGUUCCUAUAUACUCUGUGAGCUGUUGGAAUCUUCAGGCUUGGGGACUUGGUUCUACUUGAUUUAAUGAAAGUCUGCAGUGAUAUUUAGACUACGUAAUCCAGCCAUUGUCGCUGCCAGAGUAGUGGCGGGGUGGAAGUAAUGUAUGUGCACAAUAUUUAUACCAAGUAACCCGUAUUAUCCUAGGUAGCCUUGUGUAGAUUGAAGCAUGUGGGCUUGUGCUGUUAGCAUUAUGUGGGGAGCAGAUUGAGUCCUGUCAAUACCAGGUGUUGUUUUUGAAUUUAGUAAGAAAUCUUUUAAAAUCAUGCCAAUUUGAUAUUCUGUAGGCCAUUUCACAGCAAGCUAAAGGGCACUGGUAUAACAAUAAUACAUUGUGGUGGUGUUGCAUGGGAGCUGAAACACAGCCUUCUUUAAAUAAGACAGGAAUUCAAGUUUACUGAAUGGGACCCGAAUGGGCAGCACCACUGGUUACAGUUUCAAUGCAGGUGUGCACCUUGUGUAACACAGUGCAGACAACUGGGUAACACGAUAGAACACGGGCAACCAUUCACUGGUGAGGAAGUAAAAGGUCAUUAGCUGCUGAAUUCUAAUGAAGUAAUCAUCAGUUUAAGAGCAAAUCCACACAUACCCUUAUAAAGGUUUCCCAUAGUAAAAGCAUAGCAAAGUGUAAUAAAGCAUAGUAAAGAAUAGGCACGCAUUGUAAAUUAUAGUGAGGUGUGGUAAAGCAUAAUAAAAACAUGUCAAACCAUGGUAAAUGCAUAGUAUAACCAUAGGAAAAGCAUGGCAAAACUGCAGAAAAUACAGUGCAAAAAUACAGCAGUAAACCUUUAUAAGCGUAUGCAUCUGAUUAGUCUUGUUCCUACCUAUAUUCUCACUGCAACUCUUAAUCGUGUAUGACAAGUAACAUCCACUGCACACCUUACCUACAAACAAACAAACAAACAAACGAUCAACGAGCACACGAACAAACAAACAAACAAACUGUGCUUUCUGCCAAACUGGAAAUAACUAGAAAAAGUAAAAAAGAAAAAAGAAAAGGAAAAGUUUACUGGAUAUUGUUAUUAUAGUAUUAUUAUAAUAUGUUAUUUAAUUAUUAUUAUUAUUAUUAUUAUUAUUAUUAUUAUUAUUAUUAUUAUUAUUAUUAUUGUUGUUGUUGUUGUUUUUUCUUUGCCGUGUUAUUAUUAUUAUUAUUAUUAUUAUUAUUAUUAUUAUUAUUAUUAUUAUUACAGUAAUCCGUCACAUAUCCGACUGUGAUGGGACCAGAGUAAGGGCGGAUAUGUAAAAAGUCGGAUGAAUGAAUCCUGUUUUAAAUACCAUUAUACACAGCUAUAACAAUUGCUAUAUUCAAACAAUUAUUGUUUGAGAUUCAUCUUUUAUUGGGGAGCUCCCCUAAAUAAAUCCCUUGUUUAGAAAGAUACAGGGUGUUAAUGCUUGUGACAGAGCAGCCGUCUGCCGUGUGGGUGCGUGCAUUCGCUGCUGAGCGACAGGCAGGAGAUCGAGACAGAGGUUGAAGUUGUUACACCCCGCAGACGAACAGGAUUUAUUUACAUAUCAACACACUCAACAGCUCACGUGACACUACCAGCAAUGGCAGCGCACAGAGCACAUACAACACAGUGUAUGACAAGUUUGGUAGGAUCUACAAGCUCUGAACUAAUCUUCGCUGUUCAAUAAUAAACUAACGUGGCUGAUGAGGUUUAUCAUGGCAGAUAAACAGUUAGGGCGGCUAUGUGACGGGCGGAUACGCGACGGAUUACUGUUAUAAUAAUGUUUGUUUUUUAAUAAUUGUAUUUAUUGGUCUUAAAGCCAUUGGGUUUGGUGUACUGCUAUGCUCUGUUCUGAUUUCAGUGUGCCAAGCUGUGCAGAUGUGACAGAUGUCAGAGGAGCGGCACGGCCUGGCUGUUAGAAAGCAGGCUUGGGGUUAAGGGGGAGGGUAAUGUUGGAAAGAGCCCCUGAUCAAUCCAACAACACGGCUGUAUUCAUAAGGCAUUACCCACACAGAUUAAUGCAUAGGACUGCAAAGCAUUGGCCCAGUGCGCUAAUGCGGUAUGUACUGAAUCAUUUUCACUAUACAUUCCUGUAUGAAUUACCAGUGGAUAUUAAAAAGUAUAUACACAAGUGCCACCUGCUGGACGGUAUAUGUAUAUACAGCAGCCAUGCUUGGGGGUCAUUGUGCUCCACAAUGUGAUCCUGGCUAUAGGACCCCCUGUCACACCAAACUGAGGGGCUGUAGGGAUUCGGGACAGUUACUGGCUGUGCCUCCUCUCUGUGAGUAUUGUGUAAUUCCGACACAUUUUGGGUCCCCUCUGUACUGUGUAAUUGCUACAUAUUUUGGGUCCCCUUUCUAUUGUGUGCCAGCUACCAACUUUCUUACCUGUUCCACAUUGUGGCUACUGACUGUACUACCAGACUUGGCCAACAGAGCUGGAAGAUAAAGAACAUGUUUUGAAUUAGUAAAAAAGUAAAACGUCAAUAAUGAUCUGCUGUGGCCUUUCUUUUUAAAUGAUUGAUUAAGAGAAUGUUGUAAACGGGCAUUUUAAAUACAGGAAGUUGUAUAACCCUUGGUUUGCUUCCAUUCUUUCUUUGGCUGGUGUCUUAUUUUAUUUUAAAACUGUGAUUAAUAGUGCUUUAAUAGUUCUGUUUUUUAUGUUAUAGGAAAAUCUAAGAUUAGGGAAAUCGAUAAAUGCUGAAAUUGU